AUUUAAAUUCAUUAAACUAUAAUAAAAAUUUGUAAAAUAUACUGUAAUAUCUUAAUUAGUGUAAUUUUCCACGAUAUCAUGUGGUAUGGACAAGGAAUCUUCACAGAAUUCCCCAAUCACAAAGUUUAAAUCAAUUCCUCAUGUAAACAUUACAGAUUUGCUGCCUUAUGACCAGCUGGUUUUUGUAAAAUCUAAUAAGGCCCCUCAAACCAAGAGAAAGAAGCGGAGUUUAACCCCCAAACCUCUGCUAAGUACUCAAAAUGAUAUCACAAUACCUACUAGAAUAACAUUAGAUGAAACUUUGAGGGAUAAAUUUCCCCAAGUUUCAGUAAAUCCACACUUAUUUCGUCAGAAAUUUGCACGGAUGUUAUCGCACAUGGAGGAGUUGGACAGUUACGCCUCAACUCUGGAGAUGGGAAAUACUAAGAACACAAAGAAUGACUGUUCUGAUCGAGAAAAUCUUGGCCGUUCUAAGAUUAACAAGCUUAGAGUUUCAGCGUCACUUAACAGAGUGUUGCACAGGAACCUUAGGAUACCCACGAUCACUGAGAUUAUAACAGCUGCUACGAACUUGAAUAUGAAGGAAUAUGAGGAUUCCUCAGGCAAAUAUACAGUUAAUGUGGAUUUUGAGGAUAAUCCUUGGUCUGAAUUAAACCUCUUUAAUUACUUUAGAGACAGUAUUAACUUGCACACUUAUAAGUUAGUUUCAAGCUCAAUUAGGUAUACUAGCCCUUCAAUUUCAAAAAUUGUUCACUCUCACCUUCUAAUUGGGGGACCGAAGUGUGAUUUGUCCCCCUUGAUGUUUCAUAAAAAGGUCACUGAGGCUUAUUUUAACAAGGAAAGCACUGACACUAACGUUGAAAUUGUGGAUGAAAAUGAGAUAAUCAUCACUGUUAGCUUUUAUCACAAUGUAAGGGGGCAUAAAUACCGCGAAUUUGACAUCUUGUCCUCACAAACACUGGCAAAUUUAACAGACUCGUUCAAGUGCUCAUCAGAAAUCAUAUCAAAGGACUUUCAUCUCAACAUCAUGGGUUCUUGUUAUAUGAUUAACGGUGUUUUGUACCCGGAUUUGAGGAAAAAAGCGGUUGAUUACUCUGAAAAUCUAUUGGAAUUUUACAAAAAUAAUAAGUUGGGAGUUCUAAAAUCUGACAUUCCAAUUGAGCAGAAGGAUGCUGUUCUAAACAACAUUGAUUUUAAGGUUUAUGAUUCAGGAUACUUUCUCCAUUAUGGAGACUGUGAGCAUAGAUUCACAGUGACGAGUAUGAGAGUUUUCGAUAAAACACGCGACUGUCCUUACGUAAAGUGUUACCCAGUUUGUACUUUUAGUCCAAACCAGCACAAGGCGACUUGUCAAGUUUGCAAAGCCAGUGAAGCUUCGAAGAUAACGUUUAACUGCAUACUUUUGCCCGAAAAUCCAUCAUACUUAUGUGACGAUUGUCACGAUACUUUUAAACAAAUUGAGAUUGGGCACGAUGUUUAUUUUGAUGAGGGACUAACGCCUUCCAUCACCAUAGAGUACAAUGAGGAUUAAUUAAUGUGUUUAAAGCAUUUGCUAAGUUUAUUUAACUCUGAAUAUGUAAAUAUUAUAUAUAACAUGGUAUGUAUAAUCCUGAGUGUUAAAUGUGUAAUCUCUUAAUUAAAAUUUUGAUAAUAAUAUAUUAUCUAAAAAUCAAU